AUGAAAAACAGGAAAAAUUCAUUUGAUGCUAAAUUUCUUUCUAAGACCGCCAACCUCCGACAAGACCCAAUUUCCUGCUAUAAUACUGUGGUUUCUCAGUAUAAUGACAGAGUUAAUGUGAAAAAUGGGAUUCAUCUGGAGCAUGCAUAUAAUGACGCUGUAUACGUGUUUUGGUUCGGCUUUCAAAGAUACUGAUACUGACUUCUAUUUAUUUUAUAUCUGGCACCUUAUGUCACAAUAAUCACGCUUUGCUUGUCAUUAUACUCUUUAAUCAUCCAUGAAAAUGCUUUGUCGGUGUACAGAAACAACUCGAAGCAAGUAAAAGAUCUAUUUGAAAACAUGGUUUUGAACGAAGAAAUAUGCAAGAAUGGAUCAAGCCACUAUCUCUAUUUCUCCCUCAAGCCUCAAGAUGUCGAUUUCUUUCCUUUCCCCCCUACAACCAAAGAAGUUUUGAAGGCUCGGGAAAAUGACGGAAAAGUCUGCUUUAUGGUCUAUGACAGAGUUUUUUUGAGUUGAUCAGAAAACUUAAGAUCUAGCCGAUGCCUGAUUUGGCUGCACACAGUACUUAACAUUGCUUUAUUUGUUGCAAUGCAAUAUUAUGUGUACACUCCACUGUUUUGCUUCAACCUACUGCAUCCGGUAGAGUCGAUUUCGAAAUGCGGGGUUUCUGAUAUUAAUUCUAUUGUGUUUUUCUGAUAA